AUGCGUAACGACCAGAGAACCCAAAUCCAGCUCUUGAAAUGCGUUGUUAAUGGCCCUCGGGAUGCACUUGUAGCGCACCUUAAGUGCACAGACAUUGGGAGGCUCUUCUCUGACUUGGUUGCUGGCUCAUCUCAUAUAGGUGCUCUAGGUUUGAGGUAUUACAUGCUCAUGAACAGUACCAAACCGACUACGUCUGCUUGGAUUGAUCUUCUUUCUGUUAAAAAUAAAUCGAUAACAACAGAGGUCCUUUGUUUCUACAAAGUUUUAUCCCAGCAGUACGCCUCUCAGUUCCUGGUGAGGAAACGUCGAGCAAAUUCUUUUAUGGAAGAAAGUAAGAAGGGAAAUUUAGAAAGAGAGUGCAUUGAAGAAUUAUGCAAUAAGGAAGAAGCCAGGGAAAUCUUUGAAAAUAAUCCUGAAACUGAGUAUUUUUACCCCAAAUAUUUAAGCUGCCUUGCCUCCCAUCGAGCAGGGGUUUUCAGGAUUACUGCAGUUACUCCAGAUUCACCAGCUGACCUGAGGGUUUGUGUCAAUGAAAUUUCAAACCAGUGUAGCCCUCUGCCAUGCCAUAAAGAUGGAUACAAGGAUUGCAUAGAUGGACAAGCCCAAUAUACGUGUGUCUGUAAACCAGGAUGGCAAGGAGAGAAAUGUGAAGAAGAUAUAAAUGAAUGUGAAGACUUAAAUGGAGGUUGUAGCCAACGCUGUUCCAAUUUACCUGGAAGCUACCGUUGUUUGUGUGAAGAUGGCUACUUCAUGCACUCAAAUAAAUGGGAUUGUGGAGAUAUAAAUGAAUGUGUGUUACAUCCAAACAUUUGUGGGACAGCCAUCUGUAGAAACACCCUGGGGAAAUAUGAAUGUGAAUGUGCAGAAGGCUACACAUAUAGAAUAGUACCACGAUCAUGCAAAGAUAUUGAUGAAUGUGCUGAAAAUGUUUGUGCUCAACUUUGUAUAAACUCUCCAGGAAGUUAUAGCUGCUAUUGCGAUGGCAAGAAAGGGUUCAAGCUCUCUAAGGACAUGAAGAAUUGUGAGUCUGUAACUGCAUGCGUCCCACUGAACCUUGAAAAGAAUUAUGAACUGCUUUACCUGGCAGAGCAAUUUAUAGGAAUUCCCGUUCUGUACUUAAAGUUUAAAUUGCCAAAUGUCACGAGAUUUACAGCAGAAUUUGAUUUCCGGACAUAUGAUGCAGAGGGAGUUAUACUAUAUGCAGAAUCCCUUGACAGUACAGCAUGGAUCUUGCUUGCUCUUCGUGAUGGGAAGAUUGAAAUUCAAUUCAAGAAUAGUUUUGGAACAAAAGUCACCAGUGGAGGCAAAGCCAUUAAUGAUGGACUGUGGCAUAUAAUAUCAGUUGAAGAACUAGAACAAAGCAUCAGUGUAAAAAUAGCUAAAGAAGCUGUAAUGAGUAUUAACAGCCCAGGAACACUUUUUAAACAAUCACAGGGUUUCUUGGAAACAAAGGUGUAUAUUGCAGGAUUACCUCGCAAAGUGGGCAACACUCUUGUUAAACAGAUUAACCCUCGGUUAGAUGGGUGCAUUCGUGCCUGGAACCUGAUGAAUCAGGGACAUUCAGGUGUAAAAGAAGUUAUUCAAGAAAAACAAAGCAAACACUGUUUAGUAGCAGUGGGGAGAGGAUCCUUCUACCCUGGCACUGGAAUGGCAAAGUUUCAGAUUAACUAUAAUAAUCUUGACAGUACUGAAGAUUGGCUAAUAAAUGUGACUCUGACUAUUCGCCCAUCCACAGACACUGGUGUUAUGUUUGCCUUGGUUUCUAAUGAAACAGUGCCUCUUGCUUUGUCCAUAGUGGACUCUAACUCUUCUGACUCACAGAAAAUCAUUGUGACCAUUGGGAACAUCAUGGUUGCACAUCUGGAAUCAAAGAAGUUAUGUACACCCAGAAAAGUGCUGGUUGGACUUGUAGUAACCAAACACCAGCUUGAACUGUCUGUUGAUUCACACACAGACAGAAGCAAUUCGGAGCAACUGUCUGUCCUGCAUCAAGCAAUGAUGGCAAAUGUUGUUACCUACUUGGGCGGCCUACCAGAUGUUCCUUUGGGUGCUACGUUAGUAACCGCUUUUUAUAAUGGCUGCAUGGAGGUGAAGGUCAACAACAGACAGCUGGAUCUGGAUGAAGCCAUUUCUAAACACAAUGACAUUAGAUCUCACUCGUGCCCACUGAUUAUGCAGUAACCAUUCAGUUCUUAAUUUAACUUUUUUCUUUCAGAUAUAAUUUGCGUAAUUAGUCUCAUGCCAUAAUGAAGCCUGUAUUAUUUUAUUCAAAAUGUGCCAGGAAAAU